AUGCACGAUGGCUCAGGAAACUGGGCACCUACCACCGUUCAAUUUUCUGGCAUUGGCAUGUCCGAGGAAUUUCAUCGUUUCUCGGAUGCUGAGCUCAUGGCACAAGCCAAAGCAUACGAUGACACCGUGUGGCAGGAGCUUUCACAGAUUGAACAGUUUGUGGCGGCGCAACAGGAGUUGCUUCUUAGCGACCAGUCUUCGAGCGCGUCUGCUGCACUUGUUCCCAUGCGAUGGCUACUCGAAAUGUCAGCUCCAACAUUGACAAGUCUCAAUCUAGACUGGGUGCUGUGGCGUCGCGACGAAUCCGAUGUCAACGAUGACUCUGCAGCUAUGCUGAAAUCCCUUGCCACCUUGAGGUUCCCGCAUCUGCGCGCAUUCCAAUUUCGCAAUGCUGUGCUGCAGCAAACAAUGCUUCCCGGCGACGUCUUUCUCUUCGAAGAUACUUUCCUUGAGUUUAUGGAGUACCAUCAAAAGCUGCAAUGUCUAGCGUGGCCGAUGGACAAGUUCUACAGUCAUCUCAGGCCGUCUAUCGAGCUACGGGCUCGCACAGGAAGACUUAUCGCACACCUGGCGAAUAUGCUGAUCGAUCUGCGUGUCGAUGCGCAGUACGAAGGCCAUGGAGAAGCGAUGACGGACGGCAGCCACACUCUCGAUGAGAUGCACGACUGUUUUCGAAGGCGACGUUUCAUCGCAGAGUUUGUGCCACAUAUGAGACGGAUCGAGAGCAUCAAGAUUGAAGGUGGUGUGCCACGUGAUGAAAAGCGUGAGGUUCUUCGCGCCCUACAUUGGUGUCCACUCAAGAAGAUUGUCAUGAUUGGCGUCUCGUACCCGAUCGGAAAUACAUGGGGUGCUCAGGGUAGAAACUUGAAAGCAUUAGAUCAAGGCUCCAGCUGGGAUGAGAUAGAGAACCUGGAGGAAGAAGACUAUGGAGGCAUGCUCGAAUCAUACAGGCGAGGUUGCCACAUGCUAAAGACCUUCGAAUUCGAACCGGAAUAUGGCUGGCCAGCACAUGUCCCUCUGCUCCAAACAAUAGCGCUGCACCACGCAAGUCAAGUGGAGGAGCUCAAGAUAUGCGGAUACAAUGGAUGUCCAAUAUUGUCGCAAGCAACACCCAUUACAGCCCCACUUCUCACCUCUCUCCGUCAAUUCGAUAAUCUCAAGCAACUUGUCAUGUCUUUCUGGCUGCUCACUUGGCACGAAGGAUCUUACCGAGACACCGAGAUUAUCAACUACUGGAAAGACUCGCGAUCACCCGCGUCGACUGCGUUGGUCGUUGUCACCCCACCACGAAGCCCGAUGUCAGACGCACCGGUCGAAGCAGGAACAUUUUCCAGCUUUUCAGACACGAUUUGCCCCGCAGCAGGAUUUCAAUAG